CAAGAAUCGACCUUCAUGUCUUUUGAGAAAUUUCGAGAUCAGCAAGGCCUGGCCAGCAUCGCGCGUGCCCUGGCCGCCCAAAAGGCAUCGCAGAUCACACACGGAGGGGAGCAGGGAUAUGUCCAAGAAAAAGAGCAAACAGAAAAUACGAACAGGAGGAAAAAGAGAAGGCUCAGCGAUGGCCUACCAAAAGGCUCGUAUGGAGCUGAGCAUGAUCAUCCAUCCCCCAGGGAGCUUAACGGUGCAGACCAUCAGACCCAACCUGAUCAGAAGUCCAAGACAAGACAGAAGAGGAAAUCACCUUCCACAGGGGCUAUGACAAGGCAGCCAGACAGCCUGCAACAGGACAGGCAGCAGAGUGACACACUGGCUGCAACUCCUCUGGCUGAGAAGCAGACAUCUGGGUCGUGCGCACCAGUGGCUGGACAGAAAACAUUCAGGGACCUCUAUGUGCAAUCCUUCACAGCAGCCUUCUCCACAGAUCUGUUUAAGUUGCAAGAGGUUGAAGGAGCAGCCGUGAAGGUGGAUCUUCUAUUGAGAUGCAUCGAGAAUGGCGGAGACAUAUUCUCACCUGCAGAGAGACAAUUGUUUGGGGUUUCACAGAGGAACGUGUCCAAAACUUGAAUAAGUUUUCUUCCUUGAAAGCUCUUAGGAACAUGGUGGAGCGCUGUGCAGUAUAGGAAGAUCAGUCAGGUCACAUUGUUUGACAUAUGUAUGCGCCAACUUGAAUAAACACUGAAUUUGACGCUAUUGUGGGCUGCAUGAACUGACGAAGGCACAUGAUGAUGGCGCCAGCAAUGCUUUUGAUUGCUGGCAUCUAGUAUGCACUGUAAUUACUUUCCGAAAGUC